AUGGCGGACUCACAGAGUCCCGAGGCUCGUGAGCUGAGCCUGAUAGGCAAGGUGGAAUUUCGAAUUGCCAUGGCGGAUACCGAUGAGAAGCUUCAAUCACUACUCCAAACCUAUCUACCUCCAUUGCUGCUGAAGUUAUCGUCGGAGAGUGUGGCGGUCCGUAACAAGGUCAUUUCCGUUUGCCAGCAUGUCAACACUCGGGUGAAAGCCCCCACUAUUCAACUGCCCGUCGCCGCCUUAUUGAAGCAAUUCAAAGAGCAAAAGUCUCAACUGGUCCGGCAUUUUGAUUUGAUCUACGCUCAGCAAGGAAUCGAUCGGCUCGGUUCUGAUGCUCGGGUUGAGAUCCUCCUCCCCUUGUUGAAGGGCAUCGCGGAGAUCGGAACAUCGGCUACUCAGGGCGCCAUUGUGUUCAAUUUGGUCCUGCGGUUGCUCCCUUUGUUUAAACUGCCACCAAAGGGUAGUGAGGAAGAUCAAAAACUGAAGCAGCGCUUGGGCCUGUCAGACCAGGAUUCUCAGUUCUUAUCCCUUUGGCUGGGGAAACUCCUCAUUCUUUCCCCUGCUGCUUCAGAAGCUACAACAUGUCCCGGCUUGUCUUCAGAUGAGUAUACAUUCUUGAAUAAGGGUGCAUCCGCAAGCGAAACAUGGAAUCCCGCUACUCCAGGAGGGCUGAAUCUUACCGAGACCAAAGUCAUCGCUCUCCGAUUUAUUGGUAGUGGUGCUUUUGCUGAUUCUCAACGAUUCCUACCCUCCUUGAUUGCUUCUGCCGAUGCCAACUCUAGACUUGCCGAUUUGGGCGAUGAGACUUUGAAACGAUUUGCUAUGGAUCUUGAAAACCCGGAUGUGGUUCAACAAUUGUACGAUCUCUAUUUCGGAUCUGGUGGUGCUCCGCCGGCUCGUCCUCCUCUCCAGGUGAAGGUUUUGAGCGUCCUAGGCAAAUCUAUCAAGGCUACAGAAGACACACAGAGAAUUUAUAAGCUGAUCGAAGAUGGACUUCUGUCUGAUACCGCGAGAUCUGCGCAGGGCCUUCAAGCAUCAAAAUUAAGAACUCAAAUAUUCACAUUUACCACAUGGGUUGUCCGCAUGGGCUCUCCCACUGAUCUGAAACAGAUUGCCCCUAAACUGAUUGCUGGUUUAAGAGACUUUAUUCAAUCUCAGACUUGGCCGAGUCCAGGUGCUAGCGGACAAAAGCUACCUGCCACAGAUCUGAGUUUAAGAGGACUGGCUUACGAAAGCAUUGGCAUCCUGGUCCCUAAGGUGGAUUUCCAAAUACAAGAUCAGAACAUUGAGAAUUUCGAGUUUGAUCUCGUUCGCUGGCUCUUUACUUCUCUCAGUGCCGAUGACUCCAGCUCGCAGAUCUUCGUUAGUAUUGAUCAAGCAUUGGGAAGUAUUCUUAAUUCUUCGCUGAACAGCCACGAUCAAGCCUUUCAAGCCCAGCUGCGUCCAUUCCUGGUUCAACAGAUGAGCUUGCAGCCAGGAGAUGUUCAUCCAGAGACGGGCUACAGUGUCGUCCGCGGCGUUCAGUAUGCCACUGUGCGUUUCGCCAAUCGAUUCUUGCCAUUCCAUGACGUUGUGGCUCGUUGGAUUGAUCUCAUGGCUAUUUCAAGAGGCCCGGAAAGACAACAGGAGAUCGUCGAGGAAGGCAGAAAGGGAAUGCAUCCAUACUGGUUCCGACUUCUUAAUCCAACAAAGGAUGAAAAGUGGGCUGCUCCAGCAGUUUCUCAGAAGCGAGAUGAUUCUUGGUUUGAAUUUCCAUCUUUCGCUGAUGCGACGCAGUUUUUGCUGGGUUCAGAGAACCAAGAUGAUUCUACGCGACAGCUGCUUUCCGGACCCUACAAGAAUGCACUUGUGCCUGCCAUUUCUUUUCUUCGCAAUACUUUACUUUGGGAGGCCUUCUCGGCAUCCAAGAUUACGACUGACUUGGAUGAAGACUGGGAUUAUAAACUCGAAGUGCAGCUCUCCACCGAUGAAGAAGCUCGAUCUGCAGUAAGACAGUAUAUCCGCAAUACUGCCAAGGAGUCUGUCUCUACAUUUUUGUCUGCGAUCCUGAAUGGCAUCGUCAGAUCAGACUUACCGAACCUUCGACAGUGUGGAGUUCACUUCGUGGAGAUUUGCUCUUUGGCACCAAAUGAUGUGGUUGAGAAGCUACUCCCUCAAUCUCAGUCUUUGACGAAGCCCAUCUUUAGUAACAACCAAGAUAUCCAAGGACUGGCAGCUCGAGCGUUCGGAAUUCUCGCGUCGCACCCUUCCCUCCCCCAGGUUGAUCUCAAUAAUUUUGUCGCGUUGUUCCAAGAUACGAUAAAGUCAUGGAAUACAGCUAUUGGUGAAGCUGCUCUUCGAGUUCGUGGGGCAGUUGUAUCGAUGUCUUACCUUCUCAGCAGACUUGCCUACCGUGGUCUUCUGAGUAGGGUUCCUGAAGCUCAAAUCAAGCAAUUUAUCGAGAUGACUUUGGACAUUGUUGAUGUUUCUCGGGAUAAACUUCUUCAGCGAACCGCAGAAUCCUCUCUUGGUGAGCUCAGCUUAGCGGGUAUUCUUUCGCUGCAGAUACUUCCAGAGGAUGGCUGGAAACAAGUCCAUAAGAAGCUUUCCAGUGAUGCGAAGUCUGAAAAUGACAUUUCCAUCAGAUCUCUGGGUCUGGUAACAGUAACAUUCGCACGUAUACAACCCGCUCCCUCGCUUUUCAACGAGUUCCUUGCUUCUUUGUACAGUCUCCAUGAAAUCCGAAGCCCGGAGGUGCAGUUCACAAUCGGUGAGGCUUUGAGUAACGUCACAACCGGGUGGUCAUCACAGGCUCUUAUUGAAGAGUUCGAUGUGGAUGCAGAAUUUCCCAAGUCAGAUGUGCCCAGAACAGUGUUUGUUGAGAUCUGUGACAAGAUUAUUGCCGACUGUGUGGCGUCCAAGCCAUCUCUUCGGAAGGCUUCCGCCAUUUGGCUGUUGUCUCUCGUCAAAAAUUGCGGGCACCUGUCAGAGAUGCAGGAACGGCUACGCAAGUGUCAAGCCACAUUUACUAGUCUUCUUGGAAAUCGAGAUGAGGUCGUACAAGAAACGGGUGCUCAUGGUCUUAGCUUGGUUUAUGAGAUCGGCGAUCAAUCUCUUAAGGAUAAUCUGGUUCGUGAUCUGGUGGACUCGUUUACAGCGACUGGGCCCAAUCUCGGUGGUGGCAAUGUCUCUGCGGAUACUCAGCUGUUUGAGCCUGGAGCACUCCCCACGGGUGAAGGGUCAUCUGUCAACACUUACAAGGAUAUUAUGAAUCUGGCUGCCGAGGCGGGUGACCCCACGCUUGUGUACCGGUUCAUGUCUAUGGCGUCUAACAACGCCCUCUGGACGAACCGCGCCGCCUUUGGUCGGUUCGGAAUCAGUAGCAUCUUUUCGGACUCCAGUGUCAACGGUUACUUGUCUCAGAACCCUAAGAUCUACCCUAAGCUCUUCCGAUACCGCUUCGAUCCCAAUCCCAAUGUACAACGGUCGAUGAACAGCAUUUGGCAGGCUCUCGUUAAGGAUCCCACAGUCGUGAUCGACACUCACUUCAACGCCAUCAUGGAGGACCUUCUGAAAAGCAUGCUUCAGGGGCGUGAGUGGCGUGUUCGACAAGCAAGUUGUGCCGCUGUGGCGGAUCUUAUUCAAGGUCGCCGUCCCGAGAAAUACGCCCAGUACCUAGAUGAGAUCUACGGCAAGGCUUUUAAGCUCCUGGAUGACAUCAAGGAGUCUGUGCGCGUCGCCGCUCUCAAGCUCUGCCAGACAAUCACUAAUUCCGUGAUUCGCACUCUUGAACCGAGCGGCACAGAGAAGCGCGCGGGCACCCUACUUAACAGCGCUAUUCCCUUUCUCCUCAGUGAUACUGGAUUAGAUUCUAGUGUGGAAGAGGUUCGCGGGUAUGCUAUCGGUGCUCUUGUUCAGAUUAUCAAGAAAAGUUCCGGCACACUCAUUCGCCCCUAUGUCCCCAAUAUUCUGGAAAAGUUCCUUAGCUCCCUCAGCUCUCUUGAGCCUCAGGCAGUCAACUACGUCCACCUAAAUGCGGACAAAUACGGUCUCACCGGACAAGAGAUCGACAAGAUGCGUCUCUCGAGUAUCCGAACCUCCCCAAUGAUGGAAGUGAUUGAGCGGUACUUGAUUGAUCACCUGGACGAAACCAAUCUCCCAGAACUAGCAACCAGACUGGAAGAGGUACUUCGCUCCGCGGUGGGUCUCCCAUCUAAAGUGGGGUGCAGUCGAGUUCUAGUUCUACUCAGCAUGAAGACGCUAGUGUUCCGACCCUAUGCAGACCGAUUCAUUCAGGUGUUGUGUAAAUACGUGGUGGAUCGCAAUGAGACUGUCAGCGCGUCAUACUGCACAUCACUUGGUUAUCUUAUGCGAUUGGCAUCCGAUGAGCGGGUCCUGAAGACUAUUGACUACGCCAAGAGACUCUAUCUAGAUGCGGAAGAGGCUACCACGCGAGCUGUGGCGGCCGAAAUCCUGUACUCUUCGUCUAAACUCUCGAAUGACCGCUUCAUGGCGUUCGCCACAGCUGCACUCCCGUUCGUCUUUGUUUGUCAGUAUGAUGCGGACGAACAUGUGAAAGAAGGAUUCGAAAAGACGUGGCAGGAUAAUGUGGGUGGCUCGCGCGCCGUCGCCUUGUAUAUUCGGGAGAUCGUCAGCCUUGUAUCCGACAACCUGGAAUCGGCGCGGUGGGCCAUUAAACAUACUGCGGCACGUGCCAUUGCCCAGGCUGUGCUUGCUAUGGAGUUAGAGAUUGAUCUCUCCACUGCACAAUUGGUUUGGCCGGUUUUGGUUAAAGCAUUAGCGGGGAAAACCUGGGAAGGGAAGGAGGUUGUGUUGAAAGCCCUGGUUAGAUUUGCCCGUCAAGGUAAAGCGUUGUGGGCGGAGUCUCCGAAGGACAGUGAGCUGAUGAAGACCAUCACCAUCCGUGAAGCGAAGCGAGCAAACGCCGUGUACCGGCCGCAUGGAUUACGAGCAUUGGGUGAGAUUUCACAAGUUCGCAAGAUCGAUCUCAUGCCCCAGGCAUUAGAGAUCGUGCCAUCGGUAAUUGAAGAAAUGCAAGACGGGAUGGAGAUAGAUUCCGGGAAUGGGCCAGACUCCAACGACACCCUUGCAGCGAGUGUGCAGUGCCUCCUGCAAUGUCUGAACCCCGCCACGGCCGGUUCGGGCGAAGGUCAGUUGCCCUACGGGAACCCCCUAGCGUCGGCCCAGCUAAGCCUAACCAUAGUGUUGGGAGAAUACGUACGACAGGUGAUCGGUCCGUUGGACCAGGCCCUGACCCACGGCGGACGACAGGUUGUCAGCACGGUCUAUCAGGAGCUCCAUGCAAUCUUUACCCGAGUGGAUCGGUGGACUGCGCCCGGUGAAGAGGUUCUGGCGGGUCCGAUGUGCGAUCUCGCAACUUUACUCCUCCACGACCGGAACGCUGUUGAAUUGGUCCGCAAGGGCCGUGCAGAAGCCAUUUUGGCGUACCUGAAACUUCGUAAGUCGGUGCGUGGGGUGCCUAAUACCUUAGAAGAAGUGUUGAAGGGAUGGAGGGUGAGUGAGAGAUCUGAUGCGAUCCAGCGCAUUCUUGACGAGGCCCUGGCGUGUUUAGACUAG